UCUAUGAUCUGUUUAUAUAUACAUCAUGGAUGGCUCUAAGAACAAUAUCCCACCACCACCAAUGGAAAGCAAUCAAGCACUGCUAGACAAUUCUGUUGUUGUAAUCUCGCCUCAAUACUGCACUCCAUUUCAAGUAGAUCUUUAUAUCGCUAAGGAAGUUAAAAAAAUAACAAAAGGUAGGUACUUAGGAGCUUUUGAUGUCGAUGGAAACAACAUCUUCAAAGUUAAAACCGCCAGUGGUUUUUUCAGCAGUCGCCUUCUCCUUGUUGAUGCUGCCGGAGUUCCAGUCGUAUCUCUAAAAUUAGUGACUUUUUCUAUGGCUGAAAGGUGGAAAGUAUAUAGAGGAGAUAGCUCAGACUCUAAAGAUCUGUUGUUUACUGUAAAGGAAUCUAAGUUUUUUCAGUUGAAGACCAACUUGGAUGUGUUUUUAGCAUCUAACACAGCCGAGGAUGUCUGCGAUUUUAAGAUUAAACAAAGAGAUAGAAAGAAAUCUUGUAUCAUAUACCGAGGGAAUUCAGAUAGCGUCAUUGCUGAGAUGCACAAGAACAAGGCUGUCAGAGAUAAAGUUCGCGGGAAGGAUACAUUCGCAGUAACUGUAUACCCAAACGUUGAUUAUACAUUUGUAAUCGCUAUGGUUGCAGCUCUCGAUGAGAUGAGCAGAAGUGGCGGAGGCGGUGGUGGUGGUGGGGGUGGUGGAGGAGGAGGUGGGUGUGGUGGUGGUUAG